UAGUUAAGAGUAAGAUGAAAAUUAAAUCGUGUAUUGUAAUCUUUUGGUUGACUGCUACUGUCGAUUCAUCAAGCAUAGAAGACAAAGUAAAAGACUACUUUCAUAGUGAUGUAUUCAAGGCAAUUCAAAAGCACUGGCGAGUACACAGACACUCUUUCGAGAAUGCUAUACUUUUGGCAAUAAAAGACAGUUAUGGGAACCGUGGAAUGAAUAUAUAUGUAAGGCGUUCGGCAGAUGCCCAAAGAUUAUGUACCGGUUUAUAUGGAUCUGACAAUGUUAUAGAGCGGCUGUUGAUAGAUCCAAGUCUGACGAGUUUGCCACACCUUAUCAUGCCAGAGGUAACAUUCGCGUUGGCAUCCAACUUUCUACGAAUGGAAGCCGGUCUCAGUAAAAUGAUAUUGGAAGCCAAAUAUAUACUGUUCAGAAAUCAAUCUGAUGUUGUGUACUCGGCUGAAGAGCAGACAGUGCGGAAAUCGCCUUUCAGUUAUGUACAGUUGCAACCUUAUGGAGAGUUGGCAAUCGUCGCUGAGGACUGCACGAUAGACGGUUAUGUGCUUGCCAAAUUAAGCGGAAUGACAAUUAACUUGGGUCACGACUCGUUUCGAGUUAAGAAUUGUAAAUUUAGUGUUGAGAUUUCUGCAAAACAACAGCCGCCGAUCAUAGCACCCUAUUUUACUGUGGAACAGACUAAACAGUUGCAAUAUUUGCUGAGUAGACCGAUACGUGCCGAAUUGAUGCCGAAACUUCAAGCAGCGGUGUUUAGUUUUAUCAAUACAUCGCUCGUGUUCGGAGAUUAUUUACCUAAAUUUCGGGAAUAUCAAAAUAAUAUAUUUAAGGAGACGUCGAAAUACGUCAAUGACAUUGCGAUAGCUCUUGAUAACAAAACGGUUGAGAAAAAUUUGGCGACACUGGAUGCUGAGUCAGUUAGCCUAACUUGGAAAUCUAAGUGCCCAGAAGAAUUUUGCUCUGGUGAUAUCGCUGUUGACAAUGUUACAGUACAUGGGUUGGAUACACUAUACUCAUCUCACACAGGCGGUCCAUAUAAGAUGCAGUCCGCAAGAAUAACGGAAUCAUUAAGAUUUAACUCGUUGAUGGUUCGAGGAAGCACAACUUUCGGCAACGAAACCGCGCUAGAAAAUCAUGAUUUUGUAACUGAAAUCCACGACGUUUCGGUGGACUUUGCAAUUGACUUGGAAAGGCGGGAGGCAAGAUUCGAAGUUGUCAUCUGGAGAUCAUUUGAGUUCUCGAUCAUUGGAAUGGAAGAACACAAAAGAAAUCGUAAAACUUUAAACGCCUUUGUACACGGAUACUUAGUAAACACACUACCUAUUUUAAUUAAUAAUCAUUUAAAUAAUAUGUAUAGCAGAUUAAAUAGCGCUCAGCCUUUAUUAUCGAAGACGACAAAUUGUGACUGCAGUAAUGAUCAUAAAAAUUUAAAAUCUUAAAAAAAAAGAGUGCGUGCC